AUGCUUAGAUAAUUAAGUUUUGCUACUAGAUCUUCAGCCUUAGCUAUGGUUUAAACAAAUUAUAUAAUAAAUGAAUUUAAAUAAGAAUGUCAUAUAAUCAAAGUAUCUAAUGAGAUUGGAGAUAUGAAUUUAUAAUAUUAUAAAAUGCCUACAGUAGGUUUAUUUACAAAACAAGUAGAAUAGUAUUUGUAAGUUUAUUAAAUUUAAUAAUAGACUUGAAUAAAAGGCAAAUGUUGCAGUUCAUUCUUUUGAAAGUUUUAUCUACAAUUACACAUAGUGUAUUGUAUUUAGCUACAUAUACAAAAUUUGAAUAAAGAGGAGAUGUAGUAUUAGCGAAUAAGAAAUAUAAUUACAAAGGUUUAAGUGAGUUAGUUACCUGAUUGGUUUAAUGAGGAUACAUCAUCGCUUAAAAGAAUAGCUACAAUUAGAUAAAGAUAUCCAAAAUAAAUAUAAUAAAUAAUCGAGGAACAAGAAUUUAGAAACUUAAUGAAGGAUAAUAUGAUGCAAUAAUUCUAGCCAAGGCAGGAAUCUUAAAAUUAGGUUUAGCUGAUUGAUUUAAUUUAAAAGAAAAAGAAUUCCUAUUUGCACCAACAUAAGCAGCUUUAGAAUUCACUCUAAAAAGGAACCAUAGAAAGAUUAAGAGUUUUAAAUGAUGUUGAUGCUUAAAAGAGAUGUAUAGCUGAAAGAAUAUUCCUUAAUUAAUUAGAAGAAGAUGCUGUUUAUAAGUUAAGGUAGAGAAGAUGGGAUAGUAUACAUCAAAUGAAGAGUUUUAGUUGUUGAUGGAACUUAAGUGAUUGAUGAUAGAUUAUUUCGAAAAUUAGAAUAGAUAUUGUGUUAAAAAAUUUAAGUUCUAG